UAAUCAUUUCGUAAUUCUUUUUUUCGUUUUCAAGAGGAGGUGGAUAUAACUUUGGCUUCUAAGAAGUGGCGAUUUGCCAUGCUGGUGAAUAUAGGGGUCACGAUUUCAGGUUUAAUGUGAAAUACAAGACAUGCAUAAGUGUGAGCCGUUUUUUAUUUCUAAAAAGGAAAAUUUGUGACUUUUUGUUCGUGGGGCCUUACAUUUCAUAAAAAGUUGCAAGAUCCAGCCUGGAAUGUGUAUACCAAUAAUUCUGGGUACUUCUCCUUUGUGUGAAUAUGUCUACUAAUAACUAACUAUACAUACUGUGUAAUGAAAAUGAGCCCUACAAAUGGCACAUCCCCGCCCCAAUUUACAACGUUACUAUCUCUUAUCUGUAGAGUAGGCCAUUCUGGUGCUCAAUACACCUUCGUUUGAAUUGUGAAUUAAUAUUGAUACCGCCUGCAUAUAUUUAUGUUCGUAGAAUUAAUUAUGCUAAUAAUGCAUUGGCUUGAUGUUUUCUACUUGAUUCGUGAUUGAAUAGCUGUGCAUAAUUAAUAUAUGGCUCGAAUAUUCUGCAUAUGGUGGAAAGAGCAGUGCUGUAUAGACGCUAUCAUCAUUUCGUGCUCAUUGUCCAGCUCUGGCAGGAAGGCUAAUGCUGCAGCUCUUUGCGUAGAGAUAAGAAUGGAAAAAAACUGGCCUACUGGUAUCGUGAACAGCAAUCCUUCAGAGUCAAGAAUUUAUGCAGCCAAACGUGGAAUUAUGCAAGGAACAGUCUUACAAAGAACCAAUUUCAAAAACUGAAAAAUACACUUGAAUUUUAACUUUAUGAUCGUUCGCACUUGAAUUUCAACUGUAUGAUCGUUCACGGGUUUUGGAAAGAAUCUUCGCGGUUUCACUAACUUGGUUCAAUGAACUUUCACAUGUUUUAAAAUCUUAAUAGAUUUGCAGUAGAUUGCUUUGUUUAGAUUUCUAAACUUUAUUUGGAACUAUUUCUAGCAUUUUGGUGCAGCAAUUUACUAUGGGUCAAGGAAAGUCGUCUUGUCUUGAAUGUUUUGAUGUUCCGGAUUUUAUAGUCGGUAUUAAAACCGGUGACACAAAAGGGGCCGGGUUGCAUAAUGCAGUAUACGUUACUUUUAUCAACGAGGAGGGAGUGAAGUCGAGAGAAAUACAUUUGAAUGGUUGCUGUGUAACUGUUUUCAAGAAAGGCCGUACGGACGAAUUCAACGUCUCACGAUUGUCUGGGUUCGGACAAAUAAAGAGCAUUAUUCUACAGCAGCACGAAGAACAAGGGGAUGUAGACUGGUAUGUUGAUAAAGUGACCAUCCGCCAUACUCAUGAUGACGGGAAUGGCAAAGUAACAGUGUUUCCAGUGAACCGAUGGAUGCGACCCAAUAAACCGCUGGCAAUCAGUGCGUUCGACAGCUCGUUGCCGCAACACGAUGAACACCCGGACCAACGAAAAUGCGAGCUAAUCAGAAAGCAAGCCGCAUAUGGAUAUCACCGGAUCAGAGAUCUGCCAGCACAGAUAAGGAUGCUUCCAAGGGAAGAAAUCUACAGCAAUUUCCACAAGCUUGACAUAAAAUCAAAGAAAGCUCACUUUCUCAACUCAAAUCGGCAGCUCAUAGUUGAACCAAUUGCCUGGGAGUCAAUCGAGGAAUUGCAAUGUCUUUUCAAAGAAAAGGGAAAAUUAUCACGUCCAUCCUGUAUGGAUGCAUGGAAGUCAGAUAUUCACUUUGGUAAACAAAGAAUAAUCGGAUGCAACCCAAAAUCUAUUCAACUUUGUACUGAGUUACCUGAGAAUUUUGGUGCGAAUGGUAGUGACCUGGAGCAGUUUCUAGAAGAAAAGACAUUUGAGGAAGCGAUGGAGAAGAAGAAGAUAUUCAUUGUCAAUCACAAAAUUCUGGACGGAUUGGCCGACAUCCAGAACAAUAAUAAGAUACCAAGUCCUAUUGCACUUUUCUAUUUGAACACAGAAAGCCAGUUUGUCCCAAUUGCAAUCCAGUUGUAUCAGGAAAAGUCAGAGAGCAACCCGGUUUUCUUUCCAACUGAUCAAGAAUACGUCUGGCUGGCUGCUAAGAUGUGGUUUAAUUGUGCCGAUUCGGCCUUCCACCGAUCCUGCCUGCUCUUUGCUGGAACUCACAUGGUCUUAGAAAUGAUAGCGAUUUCCGUUCACCGCCAUCUAUCACCAUCACAUCCAAUUUUCCGUUUGCUUGGACCAUAUCUCCGUUUUGUUCUUUCGAUCAACAAUUUUGAAAUGAGCUUCCUAACCGCCCCUGGAGGUUGGAUGGACUAUGCAACUAACAUCGGUGUUAAUGGGAUGAACGAACUGAUAAAGCGAUACAUGGCAGACUGGCGUUUAGAUCUACACGGAUGUCUCCCCAAAUUUCUCAAGGAAAAUGGCGUAUCUGACCCUGAAACUAUCCCAGAAUACCCCUACAGAGACGACGGCCUGCUGCUGCAUGAAGUUAUGGAGAAAUAUGUCACAAGCAUUGUUUAUGGAAACUAUGAUGAGCCAGAAAAGUUAGCCAAUGAUUACGAAAUACAAAAUUGGGCUGAAGAAUUGAUUAGUCAAGAUGGAUGUGGUCUAAAGGGUGUUCCUGGUGACGGCAAAUUCAGCAAUACUAGCCAGCUUGUUGAGACGCUGACAUCGAUCAUAUUCUUGAGCACAGUUGAAAAUGCUGCCGUUAAUCUACCAACAUACGAUGAAUGUGCCUUCAUACCAAAUUAUCCCAUGGCUCUUCGCGGAGCACCGCCUAAUUCCAAGGAGCCCUUGAGCAUGCCCUACAUUAUCGACUGUCUGCCUAUGAAACACACAACUGCAGAGAUUAUAGUGGUAAAUAAGCUUGUCAGUGAGAGGGAAACGAGCGGAUUGGCUGACACAAAGUCGCAGUUUCAACAUGAUCCAAUCUCGGUUGCAGCAAAGCACAGAUUUUUGGGCUCAUUGCGGGAAGUAGCCUCGAGAAUUAAUAUGCACAACAAAAAGAGAAAAUGUGGAUAUGAUUACUUGAACCCCGGUAUACUGCCUUCUCAAACAAAUUGACUUAAUAAAAAUGGAAUACCUCAUUAAAUUUGCAUGAAAA